AUGCCCGACUUCUGGAUCAACAAUUGCGCGCCCAUGUUGGGAACACAGCGCCUCAACUUCGCGACUUUCUUGGCUAGACUGGCGUCGACUAGGGUUAGCAAGGACCGAAUAUGUCAGAUCGCCCUCGUCCUAUUUCGGUCAACUUUUGAAGACAGGCGAGAACUACGCUACUCGGAGGAGCCGGAUGAUGAACAGAAGAGUCGAAAAAUCGAUCAUUUCGAUAUUGCACACUUGUCGCCAGCGGCCUAUGCGUGGUUCAAGGAGGCCGGUUACAAUCUCAUCCAACUCUCGGAUGUCUGCUGGAAUGAUUGUCCGAGCACGAUAGGUCAAGGUGGUCAGUGGUUCAUCGAGUCGGAGCUUGGGAAGCGAUCACCAACGGGAUUCACGCCGUGGCGAUGGAUGUACUGGCUUAAGCGUCUCCAUGGAAUUCGGCUUGAGGCAAAAGAAAUUAACGAGAAACGCCUAGAGCAGUAUGCUACAGAUGCUACCGAGCUGAUGGUUAUGAUCGCAACUCUAGAAUUCUGAGGGCUUACCGAGACGGCGGGGAUGCUCUGCAUCAGG